AUGACUGCCGACGAGAAGCGGCUGGCCGAGAUGGGCCACGUCCAGGAAUUAGAACGGCAUUUCUCAAAACUAUCGUUGAUAGGACUUGCCUCCACGACGACCAUAUCAUGGACAGGACUUGGUUUGGGCAUUGUUACCGAAAUUAAUGCUGGAGGACCUGGUGCAAUCAUCUAUGGAUUCGUUUUAGUCACGAUCUUACAAUGCUUCCUUGGUGCUUCGCUCGCGGAGUUUGUCUCAAGCUACCCCACUGAGGGAGGAAUGUAUCACUGGAUCGCCGCAGUUGCGCCUCGAAAUCAGGCUCUUUUUCUUAGUUUUCUCACCGGCUGGUUCACGGUCUGCGGCUGGAUCUUCACCACAGCAUCCACCAACUUGAUCUAUGCUCAAACAUUAGGCGCUCUGAUCGCCCUUUACCACCCGGGCAUGACCGUAAAGACAUGGGAAAUAUUCGUCAUUUACCAAGGGUUGAACUUGUUGACCGCUUCAGUCGUACUUUUUGGUAACAAGGUCAUUCCAAGCCUGAACAAAUUCUCCUUGUUCUAUCUACAAAUCGGGUGGCUUGUUGUCCUUGUCACCGUUGUAGCAUGUGCGCCAACAUACCAGAGCUCCGAGUUUGUCUUCCGCACCUGGAUAAACAACACGGGCUGGGAAAACAACGUGAUUGCUUUUGCUGUCGGCUUGGUCAAUCCUUUAUACAGUCUUGGUGGACUUGAUGGCGUAACGCACAUCACUGAAGAAAUGCCGAAUCCUUCGCGUAACGCGCCAUUAGCCAUCAUGAUAACGCUCAUCAUUGCAUUUUGUACCGGCAUUAGCUACUUGAUUGCGUUGAUGUUCAGCGUCCAAGACUACAGCGCACUCGCAACCACGAACACUGGCCUCCCAUUAGCAGAGCUCUUCCGUCAAGCGACACAAUCAGCGGGCGGCGCAUUCGGUCUCACAUUCAUACUCUUCAUCGCACUGGGCCCAUGUGUCAUAUCCUCUCAACUUUCCACUUCCAGAGUUCUAUGGGCCUUUGCCCGAGAUGGGGCCAUUCCUUGGUCAGCGACAUGGGCACGCGUUAGUUCACGCUUUGGCAUACCAUUCAAUUCGCAGCUCCUGGUGGCAGCCGCAAAUGCAGCGCUGGGGUGUCUUUACCUCGGCAGUUCGACCGCUUUCAACGCCAUGCUGGGAUCUGCAGUUACUGUCAACAAUAUCGCCUAUUACAUUCCCAUAUUGACAAAUCUGCUGACCGGUAGGCGAAACAUGUACAAGGGUGUCUUUCACAUGGGAAGCUUAGGUUUUGUGGUUAACAUUGUAACUCUCUGCUGGCUUACGUUUGCCAUCAUUUUCUUCAGUUUUCCUUAUUCCAUGCCUGUUCAGGUCGCGAGCAUGAACUACACUUGUGUUGUAGUGGGCUCCCUGCCCAUUUUGAUAGUCACCUGGUGGUUUUGUAUUCGACGGGCCUAUAAGGAGAAGAUGUCACAUACCAAUAGAUGGGAAUGA